AUGCGGCUCGAGGACUUAUGCCAUUAUGUUUUCGCAGAUUCAGAAGGCGCGGGAAACAAACACGAAGGUGGAACAAGGAGUAAUGGAAACAGGCAACUGCCUGCGGACUUUAAUGAAAAACAAAGUGGAGAUAGGUGGCGGAACGCGGAGAUUUGUGUGACGCCAGUCAGACGGCGAGAGAGCGUGCCCAGCGAGGAGACGCUUUUCGGCGGGAGUGCAAGACGGCUUCAGAGUGCAGAUCGACGAGUGCUGGCCGCUGUUUUGGUCGUUUUGCGUAAACAACUAUAG